UCCAAGAACACAAAGAGGCAUCAUUCUUUUCCCUCAGAUGUCUACUCUACAUGUAUAUAUAUGUGUGUGUGUGUGUGUGUGUGUGUGUGUGUGUGUGUGUGUGUCUAUACAUAUUCCGUAUAUGAUAUAACUCCUUUCAAAGGGAAAGAUUGCUCAAUCUAAGUAAUAGAGAGAGAUUGCUCCGGGAUCAAAGUAAUAGACAACUUCAAUGGCCCGGCAUUUGAGUUCUUCUUCCUCAACAAGCUUUUUUCCUUCCUCCUCAUUCAGGCAUGACACCCCACGAUCGCUCACUAGAUUCAUUUAUCUGCCAAAAAGUUCUUCUCCCGCCACGUGGGUCACUCGGAUUCAAUCAAGAAUCCAUGUCACUAAUCGUCUUCAACCCAAUUCUCCAAAUGGGCAGUCGAUUAAUGAAGUUUCUUUUCAGGAUGUAGAUUCAGCCAACAAAUCUAUGGCCGAAGGAGAGCAUAUGGGGUCUGAAUGGAAGGAGAGCUUUGUGCCUGUCCAAGAACCAGGAAAUGUGGAUCCAAUUCUCAGCAUCAUUGUUGUUGGAGCUUCAGGUGAUCUUGCAAAGAAGAAGAUCUUUCCAGCACUUUUUGCACUUUAUUACGAAGAUUGCCUACCUGAGGACUUCAUAAUCUUUGGUUAUGCUCGGACUAAAUUGAGUGAUGAAGAGCUCAGAAACAUGAUUGGCAGAACCUUGACGUGCAGAAUAAAUAAGAGUGAAAAUUGUGGAGACAAAAUGGAACAGUUCUUGAGGAGAUGCUUCUACCAUUCAGGUCAGUAUGACUCUGAGGAGCAUUUUGCAGAACUGGAUAAGAUGCUGAAAGAGAAAGAGGCUGGAAGACUGUCUAAUAGGUUGUUUUACUUGUCCAUACCUCCAAACAUAUUUGUGGAUGUGGUGAGGUGUGCAAGCCUUAGAGCUUCUUCAGCAAAUGGGCGGACAAGGGUUAUUGUGGAAAAGCCCUUUGGGCGUGACUUGGAGUCCUCCAGUGAGCUAACUAGAUGUCUGAAGCAGUAUCUUACCGAGGAACAAAUUUUCAGGAUUGACCAUUACUUGGGUAAGGAGCUCGUUGAGAAUCUCUCUGUGCUUCGGUUCUCAAAUCUUGUCUUUGAACCUCUAUGGUCAAGGAACUAUAUUCGGAAUGUGCAAUUGAUAUUUUCUGAAGAUUUUGGCACAGAGGGAAGAGGAGGUUAUUUUGACAACUAUGGAAUCAUAAGGGACAUAAUGCAAAAUCAUCUCCUCCAAAUACUAGCACUCUUUACAAUGGAGACACCUGUUAGCUUAGAUGCUGAAGACAUAAGAAACGAGAAGGUGAAAGUUUUGAGGUCAAUGAGACCAUUGCAGCUUAAAGAUGUGAAGAUCGGUCAGUACAAGGGCCAUAUCAAGGGUGGUCGAACUUAUCCUGCUUAUAUUGAUGAUCCGACUGUGCCUAAUGCCAGUCUUACCCCCACAUUCGCAGCAGCAGCUCUAUUCAUUGACAAUGCCAGAUGGGAUGGGGUCCCUUUCCUGAUGAAAGCAGGCAAGGCUCUAGAUACUAGACGAGCAGAGAUCAGAGUUCAGUUCAGACAUGUCCCUGGUAACUUGUACAAGAAGUACUUUACUAAUGAUUAUCUAGACAGGGCUACAAAUGAGCUUGUGCUUCGAGUGCAACCUGAUGAAGCCAUAUAUGUAAAGAUCAACAACAAAAUUCCAGGUCUCGGAAUGAGACUGGAUCGCAGUGACCUUAAUUUGCUAUUUCGAUCAAGAUACCCAAUAGAGAUUCCAGAUGCAUAUGAGAGGCUUCUGUUGGAUGCAAUAGAAGGAGAAAGAAGGUUGUUCAUUCGAAGUGAUGAGCUUGAUGCCGCAUGGUCGGUGUUCACACCUUUAUUGAAGGAACUUGAACAGAAGAAGGUUGCCCCAGAGCUCUACCCAUACGGCAGCAGAGGACCAGUCGGUGCAUAUUAUCUGGCUGCUGAGUACAAUGUUAGAUGGGGUGACCUCGAUGGAGAAGAUUCAUAAGCAUAAAUGAAAAACUUUGUCAAUUCUCUCCCCGCCCCCCCCCCCCCCCCCCCUCUUUCUUUUUGCUUUUUUUUACCUUUAUUAUGGCAAUCAUUGAUUGACAUAGAUGAUCUGCAAGCAGAAACAUUGAAAAAGGAAAUGAUUUUAUGUUGUAAAAAUACCAUGACAGUCUAGAAAACAGAUUAAGAUCAAUCAUUUGCAAACUUUGAUGGGGAAUGCAGUAUGUAAGGUGAGAGAGAAUAAAAAGCUGCUUUUUAUUCUCUUAAUACCUCAAACAAUUGUCUAAAACUAUCUUUUUUUUUUA